UAUUAGUACGGGCCCUAGGGCCUCGGGAGCCAGGGUAAAUGAACUCAUCCCGAGGCCGAUAUAAGAGAGUCAGAUCCUUCAUCCGGACCGAGAAGAAGUGGAUAUCAUAUCUAUCGGGCAGCAAAUCGGCUCUUUUGCCGAAUGCGACUACCGUACCGGAAAAAGAUAUACCUGCCGUCCCAAUUACCGUUAGCUCUCAAUUAACCAUUGCUUGAUCUGAUCUACAGCUGCAUCAAACUGCUCAUGGAGCCAGGUGCUGGCAGGAAAUUUGCCUAGAGGUCAAGAGAAACCCCUAACACCAAGGACGCCGAAUACAUUACACCAUUGUAGCUGCAGCGUUGGUCUGCAAGGAAGGGCUACCAACUCCAAGCUAUAUAGCAGGCAACGCGGUGUAGGCAAGCAAUGAAUUUGAUGGCGAAAGGUGAAACAUGAUUGCUUGGGGGACUUACGGAAAUGGCGCCAUAAAAAGCGUCAGAAAAGCGAGCAGCGAAGAGGCCCAGUGGUAUCCCAGAUUGUUGUACACUAAGUCCAUUGGUCAGUACCUGGGUCUGAAGUCGGUACGCCUAACAAUAGUAGCAAUGCAGGAAGCUUGGUGACACUGAUGACAGUCUGGUCACUCAAAAC